CUUAUGCUCAAUCAAACUCAAGAGACAUGGCUCUCUCAAAGCCACCACCACAUUUUACUCCCAUUCACAAUCAAGACCCUCCGCUAGAAGCAACGGGUUCUAUCUUUACACUCUCUAUUGAUUCAUCAAGAAGAAUACGAAGAGACGUUUUUCUCUCCAUCUCAGCAACACUAAUUCCUCAACUGUUGUUUUUCGAUCGCAAACGCUCUUCCUAUGCGAACGCCGCCAAUAUUUUCAGCUUCCUCGCGCCACAACCCGAGCCCGAACGUACGGUCGAGAUUGCUCAGGAAGGGUUAAGAAAAAAUGCCGAAAAUAUAAAGGAAAUAAAAGAGAUGAUGAUAGAAAGUAAGACUUGGAAAGAAGGAGGGAAAGAGUUAAGGAGAAAUGCAUCAAACAUGAAACAAGAUUUGUAUUUAAUUAUCCAAGCAAAGCCUCCCAAGGAUAGACCUCUUCUUAGGAGUCUCUAUUCAUCUCUCUUCAAUACAAUUACAAAGUUGGAUUAUGCAGCAAGAGAUGGCGAUGCUACUAAGGUUUUGGAAUAUUAUAAAAGUUUUGCUGCAAUCCUUGAUGAUAUUUUCUCUCGAAUUUAGCUCUGAUCAAUAUAAUAACUUAGCCAAUAGGCUUCCAGUUGCCUACAUCAAUUCUAUAUUUUAAUAGAUUGAUUACGAUAAAGAGAUCUCGAAAAAUUGUAUCAAUAUGAGUGAAAGAUAAGAAAACCAAAAUUUUGUCAACAAACCAAAUUACUUUGCUCAUGAGAUAAAUUCUCCUACUGAACUCUAGAAAAUUCAACUUAGAAAACAAACCAAAUUCACAUUUUCGCACUAUAAAUUCGUCAAAUACAAAUCACGUGAAAGAUAUUUGUCAAGAUUUAAAAAUAGAUCGGAAAAUUACUAAAUAAACAUUCAAGAACCACAAACUAUAAUAGACGUGGCAUUGUUACUAAAAUAGACCUGUGACAUUGUUCCAAUAUUACUUUUAAACUUUUAUUCAUAGCUUUCAUAAAAAAGGGUUGAUUAAGGGUAAUACUAUUAGAAACUUGGCAUGAUUUGGACAUUUUUGAUCUAUGGCUUUUGAGCCAUCAAUAAAGAGUUUCUUGCAUCUUUUCUGCAAUGAUUUUGGGUUUUCUUUUUCUGUGUUUAUGGUUUAUUAGAUGUGUUUUAGGUUUCAUGUUCUGUUGAUUUAUAUGUUCUGCUAAUGUAUGGGUGCAGGGAUAUGCAUAGAUGGUGCCAUGUACUACUAAACAUUGGAAAUCUCAUUGAAAGUUGUUUGGGAUCACUAAAUUCAAUCUCAAUUUCCAAAAUUUUAGCAAAUUAUACUUUUUAGGUGCAUCACUUUGAACAAUACUUUGUGAAAUACUAUGAGAAAAAGUGGCAGUAGAUAGAUGGUUUUUUUGAACCACAUAAAAUUUCACCACGAUGUUUUGAAUUUGAAUAUUCCUUAGAAAUAGGUUCAUAUUCCCAAUUGGCAAAUUAUGGUCAGAGUAACAUGGAAAUCUUUUGGAAGAUCAAUACUAUAGAUUCAUAAUGUAAUUAUUAAAAGGAACAUAAGAUAAAAUCAAUAAACAAUUAGAUAAAAAAAUAUUUUAUAAAAAUAAAUAUACUCAAUUCUAUAGAAUUUACGCUAUUGAGUAGCCGACUACUAACUUGUUUGUUUCUUUACACUAAAUUAUGAAACAUACAAAUUAUGCUAUAAAUUACGUUCUCAUGUGCACAAGUGUGUUUGGCACGUGAAUAAGAACAUUCGGCUUCCUCUAAUACAUCAUUCUCUGCAACAUAAUUUCCAAGAUCUCGUCUAUCUUCUUAUCCAAGUCGCCUAGUUUUCAUGUUGUUUACCAAAUGCUGAAUCGAAAACGAUCUUUAGUUUUCUAAUAUUUGACAAAUGUUAUAUAGUGCUUCAAUCGUACGAAUAAAUGCCAUUGCCCAACAAAUUACUGUGAAAAGAAACAAAUAAAUAAAGUUUGGACCAAUGAAUAAUAAUGGAAUGGUAGGAUAAUAAAUGAACAAAAAUCGCACAUCAUAUGAGUUUGAGCCAAAGGUAAAAGACGUGUUCAAGUCAAAGGUAAAAGAAAACAAUUGACUUUUCUUUUCUAAUUGAUAAUGCUCAACUCCAAUUAUAGUGAACUACACAACAAAACUCUUGAAUAUCUGAAAAAAAAAAAAAAGAGAAUGCAUAUAUAAACAAUUACCCAAAAAUAGUUUGCACAAACCACAUAUUUUUGUGAAUUACAGAGAAAAUGAUUGAUGAAUACCAAACAUCAGUUUUCCUCCUUUUCAUCGUGUGUCAAUUCCAUGAUGCCACUUUGUUCGUAUGAUGGUCAAUAAGAUCUCUAUCUUCAUUUUUUUUUCAUUUGCUAACAAGAUAUUGAACUGAUUUUUUAUAUUUUUUGGGGAAUCCUGAAUUCCCUUAUUCAC